AACGGGGGGAAAGAAUCGAAUCAAAGCAGCGUUCCACCACACAGAAGACAUGCAGCACCACAACGUCCUGAACCCCGAGUCCCAAGUGGAGAAGGGAGAGAAUGCCCGCUUGGCGUCGUUCGUCGGCGCGAUUGCCAUCGCAGACAUGGUCAAGACGACCUUGGGCCCGAAAGGGAUGGACAAAAUCUUGCAGAGCGUCGGCGGCCCCGACAAGUCCAUCUCCGUGACCAACGAUGGUGCGACCAUUCUCAAGUCCGUGUACAUCGACAACGCCGCUGCGAAGGUGUUGGUCGAUAUUGCCAAGACCCAGGACGAAGAAGUGGGGGAUGGGACGACGAGCGUGGCCGUGCUGUGCGGGGAGCUCCUUCGCGAAGCGGAAAAGCUGAUUGAACAGCGCAUCCAUCCGCAAACGAUCAUCGAAGGGUGGCGCAUUGCGUUGUCGACGGCGCACAAGGCGCUUGAAAAGUCGGCGCGCGACCACUCCCAGGACCCGAUCAAGUUCCGUGAAGACUUGCUGAACAUUGCGCGUACGACGCUCAGCUCGAAGCUCAUGGCCGAAUCGAAGGACCACUUUGCCGAGUUGGCGGUGGACGCGGUGCUGCGCUUGAAGGGCAGCAACAACCUCGACCACAUCCAAAUCAUCAAAAAGCAAGGCGGGAGCUUGAAGAACUCGUACUUGGAGGAAGGGUACAUCCUCGACAAGCACAUUGGCGUUGGCCAGCCCAAGCGCAUCGUAAACGCCAAGAUUCUCAUCGCCAACACGGGCAUGGACACGGACAAGAUCAAGAUCUACGGCGCGCGCGUCAAAGUCGACUCGAUGGAGAAGGUGGCGAGCAUCGAAGACGCGGAAAAGCUCAAAAUGCGCCAAAAAGUCGAAAAAAUUGCCGAUUUCGGCAUCAAUUGCUUUGUGAACCGCCAAUUGAUCUACAACUACCCGGAACAAAUCUUCACGGAAAAAGGUAUCAUGGCCAUUGAACAUGCAGACUUUGACGGUAUCGAGCGGUUGGCGGCCGUCACUGGCGGUGAAAUUACUUCGACGUUUGAGCACCCCGAGCUUGUGACACUGGGCGAAGCGGCGCUGAUCGAGGAGAUUAUGAUUGGGGAGGACCGAGUGAUUCGGUUCUCGGGGGUUAAGACGGGGCAGGCGUGCAGUGUCGUCUUGCGCGGCGCGUCGUCGCAUUUGCUGGACGAAGCCGAGCGAUCUCUCCACGAUGCGUUGGCUGUGUUGUCUCAAACGGUACGACACACUCGCACCGUGAUGGGCGGCGGGUGCACAGAAGUGCUCAUGGCCCAAGCGAUCGACGAGCUAGCCCCGGGCAUCCCCGGCAAGAAAUCGCUGGCGAUGGAAGCAUUUGCACGAGCAUUGCGUCAGAUCCCGGCGAUCAUUGCCGACAACGGCGGGUAUGACAGCGCCGAGCUGGUCACGCAGCUGCGCGCGGCUCACUUUGGCGGACACAACCACGCCGGCCUCAACAUGGCGAACGGAUCGAUCGGAGACAUGGAGGCGCUGGGGAUUCGGGAAUCGUACAAGAGCAAGAUGCAGGUGCUGCUGUCGGCGGCGGAAGCGGCUGAGAUGAUCUUGCGAGUGGACGAUAUCGUCAAGUGCGCGCCCCGCCAACGCCAGGGGUAGAGAGAUUACACUAGUAGACAUAAAAAGAACCGACACAUGCCACCAAAGAGAUAGCACACACACUACAACCUUGUUUGGUAGUACUUGGGUAGUUUUGAUGGGGUUGCAAUACCAUAGGACUUGCUAUGUAGUACACCAUUUUGCGGUUAAUUUGGAAAAAUAUCUGGUAUAUUUCGUGGAAUCCCA